CUCCGAGCUAAUCAGGAAUGUCCGAGGCGCCUGGCAAUCUCAACAGUCUCCGCAUGGCGAAUGUAGCCCUGAGGGAAGAAUUAAAUGCCCUCCGCGGGGAGAACGCCAAUUUGGGCCUUCAGCUCGGCAGAGCCCUGGCCGAGGUUAAUUCCUUGCGGGGCAACGUCUCGAGCUUCAUCCGCUGGCCGGGGCCCUCGGUGCCUGUCCUUUCCGAGGAGAACUUUGAGUUCCCGCUCGGUGAGAUCGACGCCGCCCCCGAGGGGGAGCUGCCCUUCUUGUGCUGGCCACCCGCACGCCCUGAGUCCGAGUUUGUCUCGGAUGAUCUUCUGAUUAACGUGAUCCAGGAUUGCAGUACCUUGGACGGGCCCACGGAUCCCCCGAUGCUGCCCAUGGCGCCCCCGCCGCCCCCUCCCGCGUCAAAGGAGCCGCCCCCGCAGUCCUCUCAGCCACACCAGGAGCGGCCUGAGGUGGAGCCCUUCUCUGGAGACCCCAUCUACCUGGCUGAAUUCCUGAUGCAGCUAGAGACCUUUAUAGCUAACCAUGAGGAACAUUUCCCCCGGGACGCAGAGCGCGUGGCUUUUCUGAUUACCUAUUUCGCGGGCCAAGCCAAAGACUGGGCCACCUCAGUCACCCAGGAAGGAAGCUCUCUGCGUACCAACUAUCAGCGCUUCCUGGAUGAAACCCGUAAGGAAUUCUGUGGCCCCAUCCCGGUCCGUUUGGCUAAAAAGGCCAUUCGCAGGCUUAAGCAGGGAGAUGGCCCCCUCCGCAGCUAUGCAGAUAAUUUUCGCUUCCUGGCCCAGUUCUUGUCCUGGGAUGACUGUCGCCUUCAAACCCAGUUCCUCCGGGGCCUGCCGGAGUCGUACCGAAAAGAGCUCUUAUGGUCAACUGAAAUGGCUGACCUGGAGGAACUGAUCCUUGAAUGUGCAGAGAUAGAAAGAAAACUGCGGACCCUCAAGCCAAUCCCGCUCACUGGGCAUCGCCUGGGCUAUGGCUCUUUGUCUUCUAACACUAAUGAGGCUGAAAGUGAGAGUGAAGAGCACCACAAUGGGGGUGAAGAUGAAGCCACCCGCAGGCGCAAGCUUUACCAAAAAAUCCGCCAGAGGCGCUUGAGGUCUAUGACACAAGAGAUGAGGGAGAGGUUAGAGGCAGAGAUGAGGAAGAAGGAGGAAGAGAUGAGCAGAACGGUGGUGCUGGAGGAUGAGGAUGAGGAUCAGGAGGUCGAGGUGGUGGAGUUAGAUGAGGAAGAGCUGCAAAAGAUAGAGGAGCUGAAGAAGAAUGACGAUGCCCAGGAGGAAACAGAGGUGGAGCAGGAGCCGGAGGACACUCCUGAGGAGGUGGAGGAGGAGUCCCAGGAUGAAGACCUGGAGGAGCUCAUGGAGAUGGAGCCUGUCCUCGUGACCACUUCCACCCAGACCCCCAACGCCGUAGUUAACUUCCAUGCUGAAAACUUCCUGGGUGCAUCGCCUCCCAUCAUACAGCCUGGCAGAAGGAGGAGCCAGAAUCGGGCCCCACUUCUGGAAGGCCUUCCAGGCACCAAUUCGCCAUUCUACAGCUCCCCGCCACUGAUUCGCCGAGCCGGUCGCUUGGGGCAACGUCAGACGCGAAGACGUCCCCCAGUGCUGUUCCGCCUCACUCCAAGACAGGGGGGCCACCGAGCUUCUCGGGGCCGAAUUCGCGUGUGAGUGCUGGGGCGAGACGACCACCCACAACACACCCUUCUACUCCACCCCCCCCUCCCUCCACCCUUUGCUAUUUGCUGCCACACCUGCCCCAUCUGCUGACCAGUCCUUAAGGGAAAUCCAGACCUGCAGAGCCCGAAGAUGAACUGUACAACUCUGGACUAUAGUGCCACCAUGACCAGAGAGCCUCGUGUGUCCAGCCAGGGCCUCUUGGGCAGGGAGGGCCAGCAAUGGCUCUCUUCUUGUCCCAUGGCUCAGUCCCACCUCAAGCUGGAGAGCAGGUUUCUGGGCCUCUUCUUGUAACUGAACUGGUCACCUCCUGAAUUUCCCCUCUAGUUAUUCCUCAUCCUCGCCUCUCUGCAGUUAAUCACCCCGUGUUUUACGAUUUUGUCUUCUUCCUGGCUCACCAAGACUUUACCCAGUGCCUCACUGAUCUGCCCCAGGGAUUGAAAGGACAGGCUACACUGAACUCCAAAGCCACUGAGGUCAAUGAGCAGAUACAUUUGACGGUGAGCAGAAGCCUGUAUUUGUUUCACGUCACGCCUCCAGCAGAAGGACCCCACGUCUAGCCUACUGAAAGUGUGCCAAGCCACAUGUCGAAUGGACAACCCGAGACUUGUCAGGCUGUCGCUUGCAAGCCGCUGUCACUUCGGCAUUUGAGUUUACCUUCCCUCAGACUGCCAUCUCAGGAGCAAGUUGCCAGAUCUGGGGCCUUCUCCUCUUACCACACUGCCCGUGAACAGAGCCCCACAUGGCAGGCUCCACCUGUUUCCUUGGUGUUGCCCCAAAGGCAGGCAGUCAGGAGAGUUGGAGAGGGGGAGGAGGAGGAGACUUUGUAUCCUUGGGGCUAAGUGGCCUUUGCUUCCGGGACAGCUAGAGAAGGGGCCCCUGGCCUGCUCCCUAUCUCCCUCCAACUUCAAGGACUCUAAUUCUGUGAGGAGAGAGGAAGGUUGGCUUUAGGGACGGCAUCCAUCGUACCUGAAGCGUACCUGAAGCCUUCACGUCUCUCACAGGGCGGUCAGUCCCUGGCCUGCUUGCUGCUGCGCCUCAGAGGGUGACUGCCUCCUGUGCACCCACUGCCGGGGGUCCUUGGGUGCAAACCCAGGUCUCCUAAUAAAGAGACCCAUUGCUUGCCUGGGGGCCAGAGAACACUGUUUCUGCACUGAAAACGAGCAUAUUGACUAUGUCAGCUGUGGCCACGAAAGGCCAGCCAAUGUCACUGCUGGCCUGAGCUGCCUCUGGACACUGUUCUUCCUGCAUGGUGCCUGGCAGCUAGGCAUGCACCACCAGGGUGUCUGUGGCCAGGGGGCAGAAAACAGUAUGUUUAGCCUCUGUUCCUCACCGGAGUCUGACAGGCAACCUCAGCCCAGCCUUGGGACUUGGGGCCUGGAGGCCAGAGGAAGAGGAGCUGGAAGAAGAGGAUUCACAGAGAGAGAGCCCAGUCCUCAGGCUGGUUUCUGGUGAGGUUCAUCAGUGGAAGAUGAUCCGUCCACGAGAUUUGUAGCACAUAGUCAUUCUUUCAAAAAAAAAAAAUUGGAAAAUAGAGAAACUGAGAACAACAACAAACCCCAAACAUU